CGACCCCCGCAGGGCACUUCGCUUGCUCGUCUAUCAUUAGCCAAAUUCUCCCAUGUCACCACGACGAUGAACCACAGGGGCCCAUUGAACUGGGGCCAUAUCAUAGGGAACAAUGAUCUUAUAGCCAUCUUUGAGCGGUCUCAUGUUACGGGCUCUAUGUCCGAUGGUCUUAUCUUGAAGAUACUUCGUUUCCGAGAUAUCAUAGAAGAACUCAACCUCUCCUUCCUUGCAAUUGAUGCAGCAAACGAUCCAACCAAGACAUCUCAAACAUCCGCAUCAAAGCCACUGUUUGCCGUCGUGGUGAAGCUACCUUGCCUGGCAGUGAAAUAUCCUCGUGGAAGCAUGGUACGAAUCCGUCGCUUUCAGAUCAAGUUUACGGUUGAAAAGGAUUACUAUGCAGCUCUGGCAAUCCUCAGCGAGUUGAAUCUCCCAUUCUCAGAAGCCGGUCCUGCUCCCAUGCGCAAACAG